AUGUCUGUAGUGGAGGCCUUUAGUGGCGCCACAGUGCUGGUCACUGGUGGCACCGGAUACCUCGGCAGCCUGGUGAUUGAACAGCUUCUCAGAGCAAUACCGGGCGUGAAGCGAAUAUAUGUAAUGAUCCGAAGUAAACGAGGCGUUGCUGCCGAGGCGCGCCUGAAUAAAUUGCUGGAGCGGUCUAUGUGGCAUUUGCAUAAGGAAGAUGGCCGCAUAGCAUCGGAGACUGCUGCAAAGUUGACAGUCAUCCCGGGGGACCUUCUCCUGCCGCACUGCGGCGUCAGCGGCCCAAACAGGCGAGCGCUGACCUCAGCCAACUAUGUGGAUUAUGUGAUCCACUGCGCGGCGUCCAUCUGCUUCGAGGAACACAUUCACACGCUGCUCGCUAACAACUACCAGGCGACAAGGAAUGUGGCGGAUCUAGCGGCGGCUGCGGGGAAGCUGCGUGCAUUCGUGCACCUGUCGACAGCGUAUGUCAACUGCGACCGGCCGCACGGCAGCCACGUCGAAGAAACACUGUACCCCUUUGACCUGUCAGCCUGCCGGCCCAGAGGCAGCAGUGCAGGCAGCAGCAUGGACGGCGACAGCAGCUGCAGCAGCAGUGGCUCGGAGAGCAGCAGUGAAGGAGGCCACAGCAACAGAAGUAGCCGGAUGGAGGAGAGGGGGGCAAGCCCCUGGAGUUGUGUGGGGGACCCAGAGGGGGGCACCCUGGAUGAUGUGGAAGCGCUGGCGGCCGAGCUGAUGGCGCUGUCACCCGAGGCUGCCGCGAAGCGGGUGGCAGAGUGUCUGAGGGCCACCAACAUGCCGAAUGCCUACUUCUUCACCAAGCGCAUGGCUGAGGUAUUGAUCUCGGCGCGCCAUACGGCGGAGUUCCCUGUGGCCAUCGUGCGCCCCUCGCUCGUAGGCUGCACCGCACGGUCCCCCCACCCCGGCUACUUUGGCAACAACGCCGGGCCGACCUCCAUCGCGCUCGCAUUCGCGCUGGGCAUAGCUACAUUCACAUCGCACAAGGCUGCCUCGGUCUUUGACGUGAUCCCUGGGGACGUCUGUUCAUCCAUCGUCCUGGCCUCCGCCGCGGCUGUCUCCCAGAAAGAGAACCAGGGGCCUGCGCCGAUGGUGGUGCAUGCCUGCUCCUCAACCACCAAUCCUGAGACGCUGUACGGCUGGUGGAACAUGGGCUACCGGUACUGGUCGGCCAGCCCGCCGCCGGUGCGGCUGACGCUCGGGAAUUACCCGAGCAUGGACUGCCGGCGGCCGCCAGUGGGCAUACCCGAUGACUCACUCAUCUUCAAAUUGUGCACAGCAACGGCUCAAGCCAAGUUCUGGGUCAUUUCUGCGGCGCUCCGGCUGGCAGGCUACGGCGCGCUGUCAUCCAAGCUGUGGUCUGGCUGGCAGGCGUGGCGCACCUACAACCGGAGCGCGCUGGACUUCAACCUGUUUUUCUGUUCGGCGAUGAGUCAGCGGCUGGAGCGGCACCUGCCAGCAUGUGAGCGCAGCACGUUCCCGCUGACAUGGCGCGCUGGCGAGGAUGCAUGGGCCCCUUACUUGCGCAGCCACUUUGACCAGAUCAGGCAUCACCACUUCCAGCAACCCGGCUACGCGCCAGCCCUCAAAGGCUAGAGUAGUGGUAAAACUGAGGGAUGCGAGCAAGCACAUAAACGUAGUCAGACGCUUUGAUUUUUGACGGGCAGAUGCAAAUGCAUGCACGAUAGUCAAUGUAGACACCAAGUGAGAGAGUGCAAAAUGAUGAGGUGUACUCUGCCUGCUCGCUUGUGCAGAGAUGCUCCAUGCCCCCAAUUUUGACAUUGGCAAAUAUGUAUCGGUACUUUCUUAUUUGCAGACCUGGAGCAUGAUGGAUUCUUACUAAAUACGUGGAAGGCAUUGCUGCAUGCACACCCUGGCACAGUUAUAAGAUAUUUGACGCAAAUCUAGCGGUUGCCAAAAUGUGUGACUGUAGUUUUAGCUCGGGACUCUUAUCUAAGCUUACUCUUACAGUUCAGCAAGCUUCUUGCCUCAGCAGAGGAGAUUGUUUUCUGUCACGAAAUGACUUCUGCUUUGGCUGAUUUGACCUUGAUCUUAAGUUCAUGUUAAUGGCGUUAAUGCCCGAGUGCAGACGCUCUGAGGACCCCAUAUCAGGGAACACAUCAGCUCUUACAGAGUCGUAGAGGUCAAAGCCGUUAGCUGGAAGUCUUUGAGGCAUAGGGCAUCAGGCGCGCAACAAGAUCCUUCUUGGUACCAGAGAUGUGCAGCU